CCUACGAGCGACGACUCCUUCCCACUCCCUUUGCUAAAACUCUAGCUCUCUCAGCGACGGCUAAAACCCUAAUCGCAUACCAUGGGAAGCGACAGCGAGACGGAGAAAUCGUUGAAGGAGAGGAAGAAGGUGAUCUCGCUGAUGCCCAUUGCGAAGCCCCUCGCGGGAAAGAAGCUCUGCAAGAGGACCCUUAAGCUCGUCAGAAGAGCUUCUGAAUCCAAGUGCUUGAAAAGAGGGGUAAAAGAAGUAGUGAAGAGUAUUCGUCGCGGCCACAAAGGGUUGUGUGUAAUUGCUGGAAACAUCUCUCCAAUCGAUGUGAUCACACACGUUCCUAUUCUAUGUGAAGAAGCCGGGAUCCCUUACAUAUAUGUCCCUUCUAAAGAGGAUCUUGCCACUGCUGGGGCUACCAAGAGGCCUACCUGCUGCGUGUUGGUGAUGACGAAACCGACUAAAGGCGAAUUAGAUGACGAAGUGAAGGAGAAAUUGCAGUCGGAGUACAACCAAGUUGCAUCUGAAGUUGUUGAGAUGGCAUCCUCCAUGUUCUAAAACACACCAUGGAAAAAAAAAAAAAAUAAAAAUAAAAAAAUAGAAAAAAAAGGACCGAAUUCAUGCCACAUCUGCAAGAAGUAUGCUUUAUUUGAUUUCACUUUGUCUUGUUCUAUGUAACGGCUAGUGGGAUAUUAUUGGUUGUUCCGGUUGAUUUAGUUUACCUGUUGGACAAUUUAUAACUGGGGUGUAUGAUGUCAAACUCCUUUAUUUUAA